AUGCUACGAACUCAAGUUGUCAAGCUCGCAAGGGCAACCCCUUCCGCCCAGCGAUCGUUCUCCGUUGCUGCCAUCAGAGCCUCUGAGGGCGACACUGGCGGCAUACGGCCCGGUGGCAUGGCUUCAGGUGACACCUGGACCCGGCGAGAGAACGCCAACGAAACCAAGUUCAUCCGAGAGAAGGAAAUGGAAAGGUAUCUGAUACCAACCCCAACCCCACCCGCCUACGAAUUAAAACAACAUGCAAAACAAAGAUGA